AUGCUGCCAAUAAAAGAAACAACAUCCCCAGUCACUGAGCCACCGCCAAGGACUCAGCUGCCUCCCCCUCAAGCACCCUUGCUCCCUGACAUUCUCUCCCAGUGUGCCAUUUCCACCGAGGAAGAGGAAUUGUAUCAUAUAGCCACUAUCCAGAAUCUCCAUUCUUUCGACUCCCUUUCUGAUGAUCUGCUUCCUGCUGGGAUAGAGGAUUAUAUCCAUAUAAGAAUUCAACAGAGAAAUGGCAGGAAGACCCUUCUAACUGUUCAAGGGAUCACUGAUGAUUACAAUAAGAAUAAACUAGUGAAAGUGUUUAAGAAAUUUGCUUGCAAUGGUGCUGUAUUUGAGUAUCCAGAAUAUGGAGAAGUAAUUCAGCUACAGGGUGGCCAGUUCAAGAACAUAUGCCAGUUCCUUGUAGAGAUUGGACUGGCUAAGGACGACCAGCUGAAGGUUCAUAGGUUUUAA